ACUUUUAUUGUUCGAACAGGUCUUCGGUGAUUCGAUGGAGCAGAAAAGUUGUCUCUUACCGAAUAAAUCUUAUUUCACCAAAUAAAGCCUUCUCACGUAUAGUUAGCAAACAGUAGGUUUAUAUUUACAUCAGACACUGUAUACUCCGUGGGAUACGAGUUUUGAUAUUGAUGUAUUUCAUGGAUUUGACGCGUGAAGGCGAGUUCUCAGACCGGAUUUAGGACAAUUUGGAACAGACACUGUAUCCGUGGGAUACGGGUUUUGAUAUUGAUGUAUUUCAUGGAUUUGACGCGUGAAGGCGAGUUCUGAGACCGGAUUUAGGACAAUUUGGAAAAUAUCGGUGUGACACAAUCGAGGUUAUCAACUGGAAGCGUCGGGUUGUCAUCUCCGGCAAAGUAUCGUUUAGGUGGAGAUAUGACUGAUUACAGCACCAACAACAACAACCGAGGCAACAAGACAGGGUCCAGGAGACAAGAUGUCCUCAAAGAUCCUGACAGGAUUCCUCCAGAGGACAUACUAUGUUGCUGUCCGCCCACCUGCGCUCCAUCCUGGCUACAAGGACUUGCCAACCCGAAGGUUUUCACAUUUCACAUGAUGGUAAUCACCUCAUUCGCAAUGAUGUCGUACGUCUACAUCGGCGCCGUCCUUACUACCAUCGAGCGCAACUUCCAGCUGGACAGCGCCCAAUCCGGUGCCAUCACCAUCGCUGCUGAUAUCGUCAGCACCCUCUUCGUCAUCCCCCUUAGCCACUAUGGCCAGAUGGGGCAUCGUCCCCGUUGGAUCGGAACAGGGAUGCUGGUGACGGCUGUGGGUACCAUGAUAUGUUCCUUUCCGCAUUUUCUCACGGAUCCCAUCGACCCGAAGGUCAUCCUGACCGGAUCUGUUGACGCAGUUGAAGAUUUAUGCAGUGCUGGUGAUGAAGGUCUGAACGUAUACGAAGCUUCACAGUCAUGGUCAAAUGCAUCGGAUGGUAAUUAUGGAGUCCAUCCCGAGGAAAGAUCUUCGAAGGGUGACCUAAGGAGUGUGUGGUGGAUCAUCUUCGGCCAGAUCAUAAGUGGUAUAGGGAACGCCCCUUUCGUCGCUCUUGUCAUUACCUACAUCGACGAUAGCGUCAAGAAACACAAUAUCACUGCUUACACAGCUGUUCUUUUCAUGGCGUUCACAUUUGGUCCUAGCUGUGGCUUCCUUUUCGCUGCCUUCACAACGCGCCUGUACGUCGACUUCGAUCGCGUGCCGAGUGACCAGAUUCCCCAGAUCAGCCAAAACGACCCCCGCUGGAUCGGAGCCUGGUGGCUUGGGUUUGUGAUCCUUAGCAUAAUCCUGGUGAUUCUCAGCAUUCCUAUCUUCUUCUAUCCGAGAACACUGCCCUCUGCGGUGAAAAAGUGGAAGGAUGAGAAAAAAGAAGCUGAGGCUGGUGAAGAAAACCAGUUAAAUCGCACGUCUAUGACUGUGGAUGAUGAAGGAUAUGAGGACAAUGAUCUGCGGGAGAGAAGUGGGUCAAUAUACGCACAUCUCGAUGGAGGCAAUGCAGUCGAAACGGUUAUAAAAGGUCCACUUCUCGCAAUGAAACGUCUCGUCUGCAAUCCUACCAACAUGUGUCUCGUUGUUGAUGAAACGGCCUUCAUAUCACUCAUUGCCAUAUUCGCAGCUUUUGGGGUCAAGUACACCGAAACGCAAUUCUCACUUAGUCCCUCAGAAGCUGCGCUCGUUACAGCCAUAGUGCUAGGUCCGUCGAGCAUUUUCAGCAAUAUCUUCUCCGCGUACAUUUGUAGAAGAUUUAAAUUCAACUCCAAACAGUGUGGUCUUUUCGUCCUGGUGUGUGCCACGCUUGGUUUCAUACUCUAUCCUAUGGGGAUGCUCCUGGGGUGUGACAAUGUUCCUACUGCGGGGGUGACCCACUCCUAUGACGGCGUACCAACCCACCCAGACGAUUCUUCUAUAAGCAACGGAUGUAAUAUGCAUUGCGCAUGCUCAGAUGAAGUCUUUCAACCUGUGUGUGGUUCAAAUGGUUUGACUUACAUUUCACCUUGCCAUGCAGGAUGUACGAAAGAACUCACUCUGGACUUCAAUGGGACCACAGCAAUGCCAAAUCCUUUUACCAAUGAAUAUAAUUACAGCGCCUGCAGCUGCAUUAGUAAUUCCAGUCUGACCAACAACUCGGCAACAAAUCUUUUCGGGUCACCAACUUCCCAUUCUGUUGAUGCUUCAGCUGGAAAGUGCCCCGACCCAACCUGUCAAGGGGCCAUCCCUAUUUCGAUUCUGCUUUCGGCUAUCUUCUUUCUACAAUCGGCUUCGUCCAACCCGAUGACGUAUAUAGCUCUAAGAUGUGUAAGAGAAGAAGAUCGAUCGAUGGCUAUCGCCUUGAGAUCAGUAUCGGCGCAUUUCCUUGGUUUCUUUCCCGCUCCGAUCUAUUUUGGCGCCAUUAUCAAUUCGGUAUGCAUCAACUGGCAGAUAACUGAUGGCGACAGAGGUUCUUGCUGGGAAUACGAUAACAGAAAAUACAGAAUGGCCUAUUUUGGUAGCGCCAUGGCGCUUCAGGGAGUGGCUUUGAUCUCGAUAAUCUGCAUGUAUUUCUCUAUCAAGGAAAAACUACGGAACAAAAAGGUAAAAAACGACGGUCGCUACGACAAUUUGGAGAAAGAACGGAUGGCUAUUGUGGACUCGGAUGGAACCUCGUGAAUUUCACCAUUACUGUAGUAGUCAUCAAGCUAACACAGUAGGAUUACCAAUUAACUCCCAUCACGCACGAUUGAAAGGAUGCUAUAUGCGCCUGGACAAAAUACAUAAUUCAUUUAUCAAAGGUUGUUCGUGACAUCUCACUAUAUAUUUAUAAAAGACGACUAGUACGGUGACCUGACCUUGUGUGCGAAAACGGGGCCGUUUCAUAAAGCUGUUCGUAAGUUAAGGGUCAAGUCCACCCCAGAAAAUGUUGAUUUGAAUAAAAUCGGAUGUAAAUAAGAAAGCUUUGACACUUUAAAGUUUCGCUUAUUUUCCACAAAACAGUUAAUACGCACAACUCAGUGAUAUGCAAAUGAGACAGUCGAUGAUGUCCCUCGAUAUUUCUUUUGUUUUUGUUUAUUUGAAUGAUUUAUACAAUAUUUAACUUUUUACAGAUUUGACAGGGCCAACUUGACUGACCAUAUAGUAUCAGAAUAAUGCUAAUUCCAGGUGUUCAGCGAGGAAUUAAUCUUUGUUUCACUUGACAAUGAGGAGAAAUAUUAGAAUAUUUCACAUUUCAUUUAAUGAAAUACAAAAGAAAUAGUGAGCGGUUGACGUCAGUUUCCUCAUUAACAUUCUGACCAGGAUGUGCAUAUAACUGUUUUGUGAAAUUAAGCGAAACUUUAAAAUAUAAUAACUUUCUUAUUUUACAUGCGAUUUUGAUGAAAUUUUAAGUAUUUUGCUCGUUGGACUUUUCUCUUUUUAUGCAAACCAACUUUUCGUUGGGGUGGACUUGUUCUGCAAGAGCGACUUUGAGAACGACUGGUGAUCCUUUCUUACGUGCUAAAUAAUCACCAAUUAACAUUUAACGGUAAAUAUCAAUUAACACAAGAAAUGAUCACCAGUCGUUCUAAAAGUCAUUCUUAACUUACGAACAGCUUUAUUAAACGUCAUCAUGAUUCCCAAUCAAUACGAUCCCCAUCAAUUAACAAAAAUGAUCUUUGAAUAGUGUUUGGUACCGCAAAAUCGUAAAAUAUCCUUAAAACGGACAUAUUAAAGCUUUUUGGCAUGGACUCUUCAGACAUUUGAGUAGGACGAAUUCUCCUAAACUUGAUGUGAGUUCACUCAAAUUUGAUCUCACUCAAAUUUGAUUUCAUGGCUGGUCACUAAUCGUGUGUAAAAUAAUGCGUAAUGUAACCUACGAAAAGUUUAACGAAAAGCCACCCGAGCUGCACACUGUUGAAAUAAUUUAAACAACGCUGUUUACUAUGUGAAUCGCACGGUAGUUGUUUGAACAUUUUAAACAAGUGUUUAAAAUCUUAAACAACCAUGCUUGAAUUAUUGAUAAUGAAAUAUUUGAAUUUAAACCUUGUUUUUUAAGAUUUUAAAUGUUAAAACAACUACUGUGCGAUUCACAUAAUAAACAGCGUUGUUUAAAAUAUUUUUAACAGUGUGGGCUGCUCCAGAAAACUGUUUUAACAAGUAAUUCGCAGUUAACUCACAGUUAACGUAAAGGGUUCCAUGUCAUUGAGACUUGUUAACAAAAUGUACAAUUUCUAUAACGAGCUGAUAAUGACAUAUCCCCUCUUUCGCUUUUCUUACGUUACUGCACGAAGUCAUGAUUAUGUCAUAUUUUUAUUUAUGUGUGUAUAUAACAGGUCUCCCUUAUAAGGAAAUGUGUUAAAUAAUUGAUUGUACUAGACAUUAAAUCAGUAGUCAAUCAUGUAUCUGUAUUCCUUGGUAAUGUUGGGGAACAAAACUUUAAUGAAUAUAAUAUCAUAGGAGAUGGCAUACUCAGCUCGCUCAUUGCAUAUUGAUGGGGACAUUCUUAUAAUAGGGUUGAAGUGGGGAAAUAGUUAACCCUCACCCAAUGGGGUCACGUGCCUUCUAGCAGUGGGAUUUUACAUCAUUUUUGGUCUUCUUAUUGUACUAACAGGCUGAAAGAAGAAAUGGUGCUCUCAGGUAUAUCUUAUUUUAAAUAACUACCGUGUGAGUAAACAAAACGUGACACCUCCCAAAUCCCCAAUAAAAAUAUGUCAUUAAAGCAUAAUCAUUAUGAAUAGAUGAAAAGAGUAUCUUCUCCCAAAUAAUUUGAUACCAUAUUUAUGUGGUAUGUCUUCACGUUUGGAUAAUCAGGAGGUAUAUAUUCUUUACCGUGAUGUAGAUUUCGAUUUGCGCCGAAGUCAGGCAUGGCUGCAAUGAAUGAAUCCCAGAUGCCAAUGAUGUCACAAUCAUACAUGAGUUAGUAAACAUCUUUGCAAAUCCCUUUUCAAGUUUUUUCAAAUCAAUUAUAAUGUAAAUUACUGAAAAAGUGUUUUGAAAUGCAUUUUAAUGCAACCCUUGUAGGAUUUGACACAAUUGACCUCUGGAUUCAUUCAUUGCAGUCAUGCCUUAAUUUGGCUCAAAUCAAAAUAUACAUCACUGCAAAGAAUAUCUCCUGAUCCGUAGCAUACGCAGGAUUUUUGAAGGGGGGGGGGGGUUCAAGCUUAAUAAUGUUGACAAUUAGAUAGGCUUCAGAGCCCUUUGGAGAUUACAGCAGAUGAUGAUGAUGAUGAUGAUGAUGAUGAAAAGGUCUACAAAAUUUUAGGGGGGUUGGGUAUAAAAAAAUUGAAGGGGGCGGGGUUGAACAGCUGUAACCCCCCCCCCCAUCUGCGUACGCUACUGCUCCUGAUCAUCCAAGCGUUAAUACAUUAUGGUAUCAAAUCAUCUGGGAGAAUAUACUCUUUCAGGCCAUUUAUAAUGAUUAUGUCUUCAUGAUAUAUUUUUCCUUAAAUUGGGGAUUUGUGAGGCGUAAAAUUUGUUUUGACUCACUCGGUAUAUGUAAAUCAUGAUUUAGAUAGCUUUUUGUAUUUUAUUAUCCUUUCUGCAUAUUUUGCCUUUUUAAAUAUUUCGUUCCCUCAACCCUUAUCCUUGCUUCCCAUUCCAGGUUGAAGGUUCCAAUUUGAUACCUUAUUCUUUUUAUCUGUUUAUACUCGUAAAUACAUCGUGCAUUAGUACACCUGUAAAUAAUUAAUGCCUCUCUCGCAUUUUAAUGUCAACUAAUAUUUGUUUGAUGUUCAAAUUUUAAUAAGGAUAUUAAUAGAUUGAUGUAUAGGUAUGUAAUAAUAAUAACGGUCUUUAUUGAUUCAUCAAAACAUUUCUUGCAGCAAAAUGCUGAAUUAAAAUGCUUUUACAUUGUUUGACAUGAAGACUACCUAAAGUAACUACACACAAAAAGGUUAAAUCAGUACGCAAUAACAGUUUAACUCCAUUCAACUUUGCAAACAUUAUGUAGCAUAUUAUACGUCAUCUAUAGUAGAAAGCAUUUGAGAAACACAUAUAAUACAGGUAACCGACUUACAUGACUUUGGUAUGUUGGGCAGAAAUACAUGGGAUCAUUUCUUAUUGAUUUAAGCCCAUGUACACUCAAAAACCUAAUUUAUACAAAAUAAUAGAGAAAUCGAAAAAAGGUUUUACCCGGGGUUUUACAAAGAUAAAGAAAAAUAUCAAAAUGUGAUGUAAAAUGAUAACGUUAAUACGUUAUGAUAUUUUAAGUUGAGUUCUUCUUUACGAAUAGUAUUAUGGGUUUAAGGUCAAUUGCUCUAAUGCCAAUUCGUCCAUUUAUCAACUCGUCUACUAUCAUUUGGUCUAUCAUCAGUUCGUCUACUAGCCACAUGGUCUAAUUGCCAUUUCGUCCGCUCACCAUUUCGUCAAAUAAUCAGUUGGUCCAAUAGCCAUCUAUAGUCCAUCAUUAUUUUGGUCUAAUUGGACUGACUGUUAAUAGGGCGAAAUGAAUGAAAAUGGACAUUAGACCAACUAGUUAUGAGACGACAUGGUCAUAGACGAACUGGUGAUUAGACGAAGUGAUGAUUGGACCAAAUGGUUACUAUAGCAAUAUUGUACGUAACCAUUUUAAUCUUAUAGUGUUUUAGUUUUUAUUGUGUACAGAAUGUAACCAUAUUGGGGUUUUUUCAAAGAUUUUUAUAAACAAUUAUAAUUUUAUACGAUUGGAAUCGUUGUACUGAAUUUAGUAAUAUGUAAAUAAUUCAAAUACUAUUUUUGUAAUAAUCUAAACAAGUAUUACAUAUAUUUUAUUGUAUUAAAUUAUAAUGAUUGACUAUAUGCAUGAAAUAUAAGAAUGUAGACUUUACUA